AUGUACUCUAAAUGUGGUGAGAUACAUAUGGCUCGUCGUAUGUUUGACCGGAUGUGGGUUAUGGAUGAGGUCUCGUGGGCAACAAUGAUGGUUGCAUAUGUACAACAUGGUUGUUACUUUGAGGUUCUUGAAUUGUUUGAUAAAAUUACUCAUGAUCCAUUUAGAGAGAUAGAAUCGGAAUCGAGAGCUGAGAGGAGUUUAGUGAAGAAACGUGAACCGAAGGAGAUUCACGUAGAGCCUGAUUUGAUAAACCUUGUCCCCACUUUCGUUAAAGAUCUGGUUCUAUUGCUGUGGAAUGAUAAAUUCUGUGCUGGCCGCCCGACACAGACUCAAGCAUAUAACAUUUUUGAAGUUCCCAAUUCCUUGGGACUUGCAUUUCUAUUCCGGGCUGGUGAUGUUAUGUUAAUGGAUUUUAAAGAUCCUCACAAUCCAUUAUGUGUCUACAAGACUUGCUUGAACAUUUUACCCUUUGCAAUGGAAGAGCGAACUUAUACGGACGACUCUUGUAAAUUGCAUGAGCUUGAUAAUGAAGGCUUUAGUGUUGCCGCCUGUACUUUGUUACAGCUUAGCGAUUAUGAUCCUAUUGUGCAUUGA